ACUCACACGCACACUCUCUCUCUCACACGCACACACACUAAAUUCAAACGUAUAGACGAUUAUUUGCACUCGUAAACUGAUGUUAGUUUUUCAUGUGGGGUGAAAAUUCAACUCUUAUUUUCUGUCGCAAAACGGCGCGAGUAGGUCAUUAUUUGCUUAUAUUGCAGCUGCUCAUUUGACAUCAUUCCCGAAUGGAGUUGAAAUUGAUUUGAGCUUCACAAAACGUUGCGUUUUGGGGGAGAACUCAAAAUAAAAAACCCCUGCAAAACCAUGCCUGAACUGACAUCUGAUUUGUGCGUACAAAUAUUGAUCGUAUGUAGACUAAAAACAACAACAACAAUAAACAAACACGUGCGGUAUAUUUAAAGCUCCCCACAAAUCAAUCAGACGCAAAAAGCACUCAGUAAUUUAGCUGUUUAAAUGCACUUUGGGCUCCAGCAAUGAGGCCUCCCUGCACAUCACAUAUCGUCUGAAAGCAGAUAUUAAAGUUUGAGAGUGAAAGUUAAAAUUAAACUUAAUGACGCCGUUAUUCUAAUUGCAGCCCGCAUUGCAGCGUGUCGGCUUACCAGCCCGAUGUUGUCUGGUGUUCUGCUAAGGGCUACAUUGCGGGAUACAGCAGCCAAAUUAACUCCACUAACGACAGUAUCCUCAUUGUGAGACCGAGCUUUUUUUUAAACUCCUUUUAGAGCUGCAACAUGUCCUCGGUCUUUGCGCGUGUGCUUCACAUGCGCACAAGUGUAACGUUUUGACGUCAAGCGUGGGACCGGGAUGCUUGCUUAACGACACGUUUAUGAACAAUCAAAUGAUCGUCGUUAAAAUUUAUUGACAGGCAUUAAAACAUGAACGGCCACAAUGUUGAAUACAGCCGCGCCUGUAGGCUGCCUGUCAGCUGCCGUGUAGACCAGGGUCCCGACAAUCUUAUCUCCCUGGACCCCCAUUUUAGGGAAUGUCGUUCUGCCCUCUUGAAAACGGCAUAAACUUUAUUGUGGGCUUCCCCCGUCUCCCAGGGACUCCUCUCUUGUCUGUUUAGCGGUCAGCGCCAUCCUUUUUCUUAAAAAAAGAAACACACCAAAAAAAAAAAACACAGUAGACGACAUGUCAUAAUUGCUCAUAAAGAGCGGCUAAAGAGGGCCGUUUGUGCAAAGAAACAUUUUCAAUUAAGAUGCAAUAUUAUUCACCGCAGUACCAUCAAGCUGGAGCAUUAUGCAGCCGGACAGAGAUUGAUGACAGCGUCAAAUAGUGCCGGGCUCCGUUUCAGACGCAGUGUGCGCAUGUAUUUGCACUGCGUCUGCACAAAGAUCCUUCACGCCACGUCCUAUUGACCGGAACACGAGAAAAAGAAAAGAACAGGAACGAGCAACGCACUAAAGUUGGAGUGGAGGUCCACUGUGGAAAGCCAAAGUUUUUUAAUUCGACGUAUGUGCAAGGCUACCCCGCGGUAAGUGGCGCAUUGAUCCGCCGUGCGAUUUUUGUCACGUGAAGCUGGGGCAGCCAAUCGGAAGCAGCGGAGCUCGGAAAAAUAAUUACCUGCCGUGAUUGUUCUACGGUCAGAUAAAAAAAAGUACACAUACACGCCAUAUAAUAAUCGGAUGCAUGUAAACGAGUGCGGGAAGCUGCGACAUGUCGACCACGGGGCCCAUAAGUAAUUAUUAUGUGGACUCCCUGAUCAGCCACGACAGCGACGAGGUCCUGGCGGCGGCGGCGGCGGCGGCAGCGGCUGCCACUCGCUUCUCGGCGCCCGCCUCGCACCCUUCCGGCCCGCGUCCAGCGUCCCUGGUCGCGGACUGCGGAGACUACCCGUCGUGCAGCUUCGCCGCCAAACCGUCCGUUUUCCCCACCUCGUGGGGGCCCUCGCAGUCCUCAGUGGUGUACCACCCGUACAGCCACCAGGCUCACUUGGGUACAGACUCUCGGUACGUGCGCUCGUGGCUGGAGCCCAUCUCGGGCGCAGUACCUUUCCACGGCUACCCGGGCAGCGGCAGGCACUACGGCUUGAAACCUGACGCCUUCCCGGAGCACAGAGCCGCCGAGUGCCUGGCGAGCACCGGGCGGACCUACACGGAUUAUCUGUACUGCUCUUCCUCGGACAUGCGGGACAAGACACUGCAGAGCCUCCCGUCGCCCGAACCGGAGCUGCUGCCCGCGGGGAAGCAUAAAGAGGAGAAGCCCGAGCUUGACCCAAGUAACCCCGUGGCAAACUGGAUCCACGCCCGCUCCACCAGGAAGAAGCGCUGCCCCUACACAAAGUACCAGACUCUGGAAUUGGAGAAGGAGUUCUUGUUCAAUAUGUACCUGACCAGGGACCGCCGCUAUGAGGUGGCCCGGGUCCUCAACCUGACCGAGAGGCAGGUGAAAAUCUGGUUCCAGAACCGGCGAAUGAAGAUGAAGAAAAUGAACAAAGAGAAGAGCGACAGCAAGGAGCAAUAAUAAUCGUGGAAGCCCCAACUGUCACGAGUUGAACCACUAUGGACAGCUAUGACAACGCAGCUACAAAGCGCUUCUUCCUUUUUUGUAUUUAUCAUGAUUUUGGCUCAUUGGUAACGCCAUUUUAAAGACUCUUUGAUGCUUGUUAUUUUUCUACGCAAACGGGCGUCCUCUUCCAAAAAAAAAAAGAAAGAAAGCUAAUUCAACACUGACACUUUACGGCAUUGUAUACUUUUUUUGUUUUUGUUUUUGUUUUUUUUUUGUACGUGGAAUGCUCAAAGUACAAUUUGGGCACGUAGCAGCACUCCCAACUAAGAGAAUACUUGAAAUCCUCAGUGUGUCCACAUCCAUCAUUUUCGUUGCAAGUGGAGUAUUUUGUACAGGAUCAAAACAUCUGCCACUGUCUGUCCUGUUUGUAUUUUUAUGAUAGUUGUUGUGUAUCUUUUUGGGACUGUAAUAUCCUAUAACAAUAGGAAUGUAGACCUGCAUAUAUAAACAUAAUAAUCCGAAA